CAAGACCCAGAUGACAAGUCGGGGCUUGUCUGCGCCGGGAGGCCAGAGGGCUGAACUUCCUCAGGUUGGCAGCACUGAAUCCUGCUGAGCUGCUGCUGCGUGAGGCGGGACUCCUCUGGUAGCCACAUGAAGUGACCGAGAACCCUCCAACACACUCAAACCAUCCCUCCGAGGGCCGCCGGUGCUGUUGGGGGAAGUGAGUCACGCGCAGGAAACAGUUUAAAGAGACGGAGGUGCCCAGUCGAUUCUCAUCCCGUCCGAGUGAGGAGGUCACCAUGGCAACCGCACCUCGGGGCAACGUGGGAGAGUGGACGUUGGGCCCCGGUGACCGCCUGAUGGCCGUGUUCAGGGCCUGUUCCAGAGAUCCGACUCAGGAAAUCACAAGGCUGAGACACAUGCUGGACCAGUUCCUGCAGCACCCCUGGGACGAGAGCGCCAAAGAAGUGGCUGCACAGUGCUGCAGAGACGCCACCAGCUGGUACUGGACCAUCCUGGAGAAACUCCUCAACCAGGAGAGCAAGAAACCUGGAAGCAGGGCUUCAAACAUCUUGGGGUUUGACCUGAUCCAGCGCCUGUUGGUGGCCUGCUCUCUGGAGAUCGCCAUAACCACAAACGGUCUGCCAUGUGACAUCCCCGAGCUCCUUCAGAUACUCAAACUGUCAUCAUACGACUUCUUGAAGGCGGUCAUGCUGGUGUUCAGGGCUGCGGAGAACGUUCCCCGAGCUGGAGUCAGACACCUCGUCCGGAUGGAGGAGAAGGUUCUGGAGAGCUUGGUCUGGACCAGAGACUCUCCGCUGUGGGAGGAAAUCAGAGCCAACGAGGGCCGGCUGCCCUCCUGCCUGCAGGUCUUGUGUCCGUCACAACUCGAAGAUCCAGCGACAAUAGAUCAAAAACCCAACUCAGACCCUCCUCCAACAGCAGGUGGCACUUCGGAUGCAAACCCCAGCACCAGCUCAGACCUGCACUCCUCCCAGUCAGCUGGAAACAGAACCAAAUCCAUCCAUCCGUUUGCUCGCAGGGUGUACACCCUGAUGGCCGGGCGCCUGAGGGAGCUGUGCUCUGCGCUGGACAUCUGUGACGAGCUGCGGCUGAAGAUCUGGACCUGCUUCGAGCACUCGCUGGUCCACUGCACCUUUCUCAUGGCAGACCGUCACCUGGACCAGCUGCUCAUGUGUGCCGUCUACAUCACAGCCAAGAUUACCCAGAGGGAAAUACCUUUCAAAAGCAUCAUGAAGUGCUACAACUCACAGCAACGGACAAACAGAAGUGUCUGCAAAAACUCGCUGAUCACUGGAGGAGUCACGGAAGAUUUCACAACUGUGAAGAAAGAGCAGAGCAGCGCUUUCUUGACCCCCAACACACCGUCAACACAUUACCCAGAGACUCGUCAGCAGGAGAGAGGAAACAUCAUCCACUUCUACAACAAGGUCUACGUAACGACGCUGGAGCCUUUUGCCAAGCAGUUUGCCCCCUCCUUCAAAGGAGACACUCCUCCUCUGUCCCCGUUCCCCCGACAGAGGAAAGCCUCCGUUUGUAAACAGCGUCUGUCCAGCCAUCACUCCAUCUUCAUUUCACGUUUGAACACAGAGAUUCAGUCUCUCGGUAAACCCGCAAUCUCCUACGUCUUCAACUCGAGCCCCCGAGACCGCCUGCGUGAGAUCAACAACAUGGUCAGACUGGGGAGGCCUCCCGACAGUCCGAGCCGCGCGCCGUCAGCAGGUACACAGGGUGAGGAAGAGGAGGGCGAGGAGGGAGAGGAUGGACCCUCGGCCAAGAGGAUCCGUCUGGACGAUCAGUCGGCCUGGCACAGACGGCUGAGGGGCGUGGUGAACGACCGCGUCGCCAAGAGGAACCAGGUCUAGGUACAUUCAUCCCGUUCAACGAGUCCAAGCGCUCGGAGCAGGAUGUCGCCUGCUCACUCUGCUACAAACAUGUCAAACAGUUGGGAAAAAAAGCAGUUUUUAUUUCUUUAACAGGUAUUUCUAAGAAUGUCUUUGGGUUCAAGUGAUUUGUCAGCGUAAAGCGCUGAAAUGCUGAAUGCUGAAGGGCGCCGAGUGGACGUCCUUGAAUGUUGCACUGAAGCUCCAGCUCAGCGGUUGGUGGUGAAGGACUGGACGUCCCGGGCGGCUCCCCAGUGAAAACACGCUGUAUGGUGUGUGAAUGUGAAAAACGGCAUGGCUGCAGAGCGCUGACUGGACUUUCUGUGGAUAAACGUGGGGUUAAAGCGGGACGGGACGUUACCAAAUGGACUGCAGCCGUACACAAUUAGCUUGUGGGCUCCUUUCAGUGCAGGGAUGAGCUUUUACAGUGAAGGAUUACAGUAAAUUGUGAUCAAAUUAUUGCCUGAAAAAAAAAUCCUCAUGAAGAUAUUUCCUGGAAAUGAAAUGUUAGUCCCAUCAUGAGAAAUGUUCGUGUUUUUAGUAUGAAUUAGCCGAUGGAAAGGUGACCGUCACUUUUAUAAGAUCAUGCCUUUGAACUAAAAGCACUUUUUACAUACCCAUGUGAAGUCUUUUUUAAAAAUGUGUCUGUCAGUCAAGAUAUUUUAAACAAUAAAUGAUGAUUUAUUAGAA